AAAUUUAUAGCGAACCAGCCCGCAAUUUCAACAUUUCUUCCAUCUUCUCUCUUCUCUCUUCUCUAUUCCCAUUCUCUCUUUUUCUUCCAACUUACUAUUGAUUUUUUCGCCGGUAGAUAUACUUGGAUUGUAAAAUCAUCUAACCUAAAUUCUCCGCCGUUUGAUGAUCUGACUUCUCUUUUCAUUUACUUGAUCAACCCAAGAGUUUCAGUUAUCAGUGCCACCUCCGUAUCAGACGAUGGGCCAUUGCUGUAGCAAAGACGUAUCGGCGGCAGUCAACAAUGAUGGAAUCACACCCGGGAACCAUUUUAAACCACCUGCAUCACCACUUCCUGCUGGACGUUCGUCGGAGACACCUUUAUCCACUGAUAUUAACUCCUUUGCGGCCAGUCCGUUUCAGAGCCCUCUUCCGGCUGGAGUGCCGCCGUCUCCUUCUCCGGCAGGUACUCCAGGGAGAAAGUUCAGGUGGCCAUUACCCCCUCCUUCUCCAGCUAAGCCGAUCAUGGCAAUUAUGCGGCGUCGGGGGCAGACUAAGCCGCCCAAGGAGAUGCCAAUACCAGAGGACGCAGAGGGAGGGGAGGGCGAGAGGCAGCUGGAUAAGAGUUUCGGCUACGCUAAGAAUUUUCCAGUGAAGUUCGAGUUGGGUAAGGAGGUUGGGCGAGGGCAUUUUGGUCAUACUUGCUGGGCGAAAGGAAAGAAGGGGGAACUCAAAGGACAGUCCGUCGCCGUCAAGAUCAUUUCCAAAGCUAAGAUGACUACAGCAAUAUCCAUCGAAGAUGUUCGUCGGGAGGUAAAAAUAAUGAAAGCUCUAUCUGGGCAUGAGCAUAUGAUCAAAUUUCAUGAUGCUUUUGAGGAUGCCAAUAAUGUCUACAUAGUCAUGGAAAAACGUAAAAGAUGUUCUGAUCUUGUUAUUGGCAGAUUAUGUGAAGGUGGCGAACUACUGGACAGAAUUUUAUCAAGAGGCGGAAGGUACACUGAGGAAGAUGCCAAAUCUAUUAUCGUGCAAAUUUUAAGUGUAGUUGCUUUUUGUCAUCUUCAAGGUGUUGUGCAUCGGGAUCUUAAGCCUGAGAAUUUUCUAUUUACCACAAGAAAUGAAGAUGCUCCAAUGAAGAUUAUUGAUUUUGGUUUAUCGGAUUUUAUUUGGCCAGAUCAACGUCUCAAUGAUAUUGUUGGUAGUGCAUAUUAUGUUGCACCUGAAGUUCUCCAUAGAUCUUAUAGUGUUGAAGCUGAUAUGUGGAGUAUUGGCGUCAUAACAUAUAUAUUGUUAUGUGGAAGUAGACCUUUCUGGGCUCGUACUGAAUCGGGGAUUUUUCGUUCUGUGUUAAGAGCUGAUCCUAAUUUUGAUGACUCACCUUGGCCUGAGGUAUCACCUGAAGCCAAGGAUUUUGUGAAAAGGCUUCUGAACAAGGACCACAGAAAGAGAAUGACUGCUGCCCAAGCACUGACUCAUCCAUGGUUACGAGAUGAAAACCGACGUGUGCCUUUGGAUAUUUUUAUUUACAAGUUGAUUAAGUCAUAUGUCCGUGCCACACCAUUCAAGCGUGCAGCGCUUAAGGCUCUUUCAAAAGCUAUUCCAGAAUCUGAUCUUUUCUAUAUCAAGGCUCAAUUUAAUCUCUUGGAACCAAAAGAUGGAUUUCUUUCCCUUAAUAAUUUUAAAACGGCAUUAAUGAGACAUGCCACUGAUGCCAUGAAGGAGUCGAGGGUUCUUGACAUUUUUAAUAUGAUGGAACCACUCUCCUAUAGAAAAAUGGGGUUUGAGGAAUUCUGUGCAGCCGCAAUAAGUACGUAUCAACUUGAGGUCCGUGAAGAUUGGGAAGACGUCGCACGGACAGCCUUCGAUCACUUCGAAGAAGAAGGAAACAGGGUCAUUUCAGUACAGGAAUUGGCUCUGGAAAUGAAUUUGGGUCCCACAGCCCAUUCUAUAGUCAAUGAUUGGAUUAGAAGUUCUGAUGGAAAACUGAGCUUCCUUGGGUAUACCAAAUUUUUACAUGGAGUGACGAUUCGUAGUUCGAAUACAAGACCUCGAUAGCGUAGUCAGAGGUACAGAAUUGUUGACAAUGAUAUUUUUUUUCUUUAAAUUGUUAAUGUUUGAUUUUUUGAUUAUCAGUGUAAAAUGGAAGGUCUGUUGAGUCUGAUAUUAUAACUUCUUAAUGUCAAAAUGUUGGCAUAACUUUAUUUGUAAAGUUGAAUGAGUAUACAUGUUCAAAUCUUCAAUACAAAAUAUAUUUUAGAUUCUUGUUCCCA